AUGGAAGACGAUCAGUUCUCCUCGAUCGACUCGUUGCGGGGCACCCCGGAAUCCGACAUGCCCCUCACCGUGUCCCCCGCGGAUACCUCUCUGAACGACGAUGAUUGUGAUGAGAGGAAGACAGAUGAGAAGAAGCCCGCCAAGAAGAGAAAGUCAUGGGGCCAGGAACUCCCAGUUCCCAAGACCAACUUGCCUCCUAGAAAACGAGCCAAGACCGACGAUGAAAAGGAACAACGUCGUAUUGAGCGCGUUCUUCGCAACCGCGCCGCAGCCCAAACCUCCCGCGAGCGCAAGAGGCUCGAGAUGGAGAAGCUGGAGAACGAGAAGAUUCAGAUGGAACAACAGAACCAGUUUCUCCUGUCGCGCUUGACGCAGAUGGAGACUGAGAACAACCGUCUGAACCAACAGGUCGCCCAGUUGUCUGCGGAGGUCCGCGGAUCUCGCAGCGUGUCUCCCAAGCCCGGUUCGCCGGCCGCCAAAUCUCCUACUUUGACCCCUACCUUGUUCAAGCAGGAGGGCGAUGAGCUCCCCAUGGAACGAAUUCCUUUCCCCACCCCAUCCGUCACCGACUACUCUCCUACCUUGAAGCCUUCCACUCUGGCUGAGUCCUCCGACGCGACACAACAUCCUGCAGCGAUGUUGUGUGACCUGCAGUGUCCGUCUCUGGACUCGAAGGAGUUGGAAGCGCCCUCCCACUCUUCGACCUCGGCUCCGGCGCAGAAUCUAACGCUGCACGUGAUGUUGCAGCUCCUCUUUCUGACGAUGACUUCCACCGCCUAUUCCACGGUGAUUCGUCCGCUGAGCCUGAUUCUUCAGUCGUUGAAGAUGGGUUCGCCUUUGGAGUUUUCGACCACGGAGAUCUAUCAGCAUUUCCCUUUGAUUCUAUGGUUAAUUUCGACCCCGAAUCUGUCUCUUUCGACGACAUCGACCAGCAGGCCCACGGUCUUCCGGAUGAGACUUCUCGCCAGACUCCUAGCGUGCAGCCCAGCCUUGGCGCGUCCACUUCGCGAUGCGACGGGCAGAGCAUUGCAGCUGGCUGUUAGCGACAGUCUUCCCCGGGGGCACCAGACAGCCGCUAUUGAUGGCGUCGCAGGUCGACAGAACUGGGAGUCCCUAUUGACGAUGGCUUUGGUAAUUGACUGUCUCCAAAAGAAGCCAGGGCACCUCCGAAGACAACGAACUUCUACAUCUAAUAACAAUGGUUUGAGAUUAGCGCGGGUCGGGAAGUUUACUGGGAAUCGGAGUUCUUCACGGCGUUCGAAUUCGAGUACUAUGGGUGAGACGCUAUCGUCUCUGCUUAUGGGCAAGGAAUUUUUGUGA